ACAGAGAGGAGAGGCAGAGAGAUAUAGAGAGGCGAGAUUCAGAGUGUGUGUGUGUAGCAGCCAGUAAUUACCUUCCAGCGUCUGAACCAAUCAAGAGCCAUAGAGAGAGAGAUAACAGAGGGAGGAAGCCCAUUUAGAUUCUCAGUCUAUUCCCAGGCAAAGAGGUAGACAGUGUGUUUAUUGAAUCAGAGUCAGAGAGAAGGAACGGAAGUGUUUUCUUUGGAGCGGCACAGCUCAUCCUUUCUCAUAUUUGCCGAGUCGUGCUGGGGGAAAACAGAUGGACAAGAUGAACCACAGCUCAGCUGAGGCAGAGGCUGAAACCAUAGAACCACUGCGUUACCUCAGUAAAGAGGAGGUGGCAGCUAUCGAGACAGAGCUACUGAGAGACUACAGGUUUGGACAACAGCAGCUGAUAGAGAUUUGGGGACAAGCUUGUGCCAUCGCCAUCACUAAGGCCUACCCUCUCAGCUCUCUAGCAAAGAAGCAACCAACCGUGCUGGUGAUCUGUGGUCCAGAUCAAAAUGGCUCCAUUGGCCUGGUGUGUGCCCGACACCUGCGCAUAUUUGAAUAUGAGCCCACAAUCUACCACCCUAAACGCUCCUCUCAAAGUCUACACCAGGACUUCACAGUUCAGUGUGAGAAGAUGGACAUCCCUUUCCUCUCCUACCUCCCCACAGAGGUCCAGCUCAUAAACGAUGCCUACAAUCUAGUGAUUGAUGCCAUGCUGGGCCCAGAAGCAGAUUGUGCCAACAUUAAGGAGCCCUACUCUGGUAUUCUGGUGACCCUGAAGCAAAUCAAGACCCCCAUUGUCAGUGUGGAUGUGCCCUCAGGUUGGGAUGUAGAAGAACCGAGUCAGGACGGGAUUAAUCCAGAUGUUCUCAUCUCACUUACAGCACCAAAGAAGUGUGCCAUGAGUUUCUCGGGGAAGCAUUUCUUGGCCGGACGCUUCCUGCCCUAUGACAUACAGAAAAAAUACGAGCUUAACCUCCCAGACUACCCUGGCACAGACUGUCUCAUAGAAUUGUAACACAUGGGAAACAUGAAAGCCAGUGUGGCCACUUCUAAUUUUCAAAAACGUACGGUUAACCUAUUCUCUUGUUUUUUAUUUUAUAGAUUGUUAAUGUGAUUUAAUGUUAACAUCUCAGUUGUGUAGAUCAGGCUACACCUUAGCCAAAUGUGCUGUUGAGCUACAGUAGAAGGAUAAUAUUUAGAAACUGUGGUUUGAAUCAUGUCUUUUUAGGUAAUGGCAUGAGGAGUUUUUGUGUCAGUCUACUUGUAAAAGCUGUAGCAUUACACUGUUUUCUGAUUACUUUGCAAAAGACAGAAAUGUCUUUUUCCACAGUUGGCAAAGAAAGAUGAAUCUAUGACACCAACCACUGGAAUGUUUUUUUUAAGGUUCAUUAUGUUCAUGUUCUGAUGCUCUUUUCUUCUUCUGUUCUACUGGAGUGUGCUGCUGCGAUAACUUAGUGUAGGUUGGCAACUUUGAAUUUUCUGUUGUGUUUUUGGUUUGUCAGCCUGCACUUCUGCAUUGGUUUUAUUUCAAUUUCUUUAUUAGCUGUUACAAAAGGCCAAGACAGUUCUCGUUGUCCAAUAAAA